AUGGGGCAGGGCCAGUCCGUCCCGACCACCCCUUUGCAAUGUCUUCUGAAUAACUUUUCUGAUUUCUUUGAGAGGGCUUCCGGAUUCGGGGUCUCUGUUAAGCCAGGGACCCUCCGGACCCUUUGCGAAUUAGAGUGGACCUCCUUUGAUGUGGGAUGGCCCUCAGAGGGCUCUUUUGAUUUAAUCCUGAUUAGGAAUGUGGAGGCUGUGAUCCUUGGGAAUCCCAGACACCCAGAUCAGAUUCCAUAUAUAGAAACGUGGCUGGACAUCGCCAAAACAAAACCUAGUUACAUUAAACAGUGUCAACGGAAACUCCCAGGAUCCUGGUGUCCGUCCCUCCUUAUGGUUAAAAAGGGCGGAGACAGAUCGCCCCUCACCCCAUCCACAAAGCCCCACAUCCUCACGGAUGUUCAGACGGGGCCGGAGGACGCUCUGUACACAUGGACUCGACCACCUCCUUAUGCCCCGAAUUCCCAGGCUUCCAGGAGCCAGCCCCACACUUCCCCCAGUCCGUCCCGAACGUGGAGUGGACUCCUGUACGGUCCCCGUCCACCUGUUCUUCCAAAGUCCUCUAGCCCCAGCGUGUCGCCGUCCUCCCCCGAUCCCGGCCCUGAGCCCUCCACUCUGUUGCCCCUCCGGGAGCUAGCCCCCAUGCAGGGGGUGGACCGUCUGUUUAUGGUUUAUGUCCCUUUUUCCACAAGUGAUCUGUAUAAUUGGAAGCUACAGAAUCCUCCCUUCUCUGAAAAACCACAAGGUUUGAUCUCGUUGCUAGAAACAAUUUUUCGCAUGCAUCGCCCUACUUGGGAUGACUGCCAGCAGCUCUUGCAAGUUCGCUUUGCUUCCAAGGAGCACGACUGGAUUCACCUCGAGGCUCGGAAGCAGAUUCUGGGUGCAGGCGAUCAACCCACCACUGACCCGGUUAUUCUGGAAUCGAGCCUCCCAGCCCAACGGCCCAACUGGGAUCCAAAUACGGUCGCUGGGGAAGGAGCGCUGAUCAGGUACCGCCAAUUUCUUCUGCAGGGUCUCCGCGGUGCAGCGCGGAAACCCACCAAUUUGUCUAAAGUAAGCGAGGUAGUUCAGGGCCCCCAGGAAUCCCCCGCCGCUUUCUUGGAACGCCUACUUGAGGCAUAUAGGCAAUACACACCUAUAGACACUUGGGUGCCCAAGAACGCAAGGGCAAUUAACAUAGCCUUUGUCACACAGUCGGCCCCAGAUAUUAGAAAAAAGAUUCAAAAGCUAGACGGUUUUGAGGGAAAGAAUCUCAGUGAACUAGUCGAGAUAGCUCAGAAGGUUUUUAAUAAUCGUGAGGACCCAGAAGUUGAGGGCACAAAGAAAUUAACCAAAGUCGUCUUAGCAACCAUGCAGGAAACUAGCGACAGGAAUCGAGGGACUCCACGAAGGAAUGGGGGUCGCCCUCACAUAGAAAAAGACCAAUGCGCCUAUUGCAAGGGGAUGGGCCACUGGAAAAACGAGUAUCCCCGAAAAGGGACUAUAACCCAUUCCUUCUUGGUAAUCCCCGAAUGUCCCUUCCCCCUCCUGGGACGAGAUCUCUUAAGAAAAUUACGAGCCUCGGUGUCAUUCCAAGAGGACGGCACCUACCUCAGCCUGGGCUUUCCACAGCCUGCUGCCCUUCUGCUAACGGUGCCCUUGCAAGAUGAGUAUCUCUUCUUCGAAAGUCAGGUGCCAGAAAGCCCCUCGGAGGUUUUAAAGGAGCUCCAAAAAGAGAUUCCGGGAGUAUGGGCCGAAAAUAACCCCCCGGGACUGGCAACUCAUCAGACACCCGUCGUAGUACAGGUUAACAGUUCGGCCACCCCGUUUCGGAAGCCCCAAUACCCCAUCCCAGCCAGGGCGAAAUCAGGAAUACGUAAGCAUAUACAGAGACUGUUAGAAGCAGGAAUUUUAGUGCCCUGCAGGUCGCCAUGGAACACCCCGCUGUUACCCAUUAAAAAGCCCAGAACCGAAGACUACCGGCCAGUUCAGGACUUGCGUGAGGUAAACACCCGAGUAGAGACUGUCCACCCAACUGUGCCAAACCCUUAUACACUACUCAGUCAGCUGCCACCAGACCGGGAGUGGUACUCGGUCUUGGACUUAAAAGACGCUUUCUUUUGUAUACCGCUGGCUCCGGUGAGCCAGCCCCUUUUCGCUUUUGAAUGGACAGAUCCGGACCAAGGUUUCUCGGGCCAACUUACGUGGACCCGGCUGCCGCAGAUGUUCAAGAACUCCCCUACCCUUUUUGACAAAGCGCUGAGUAAGGACCUUUUUCCUUUCCGGGAAACCCAUCCCGAGGUUACCCUUUUGCAGUAUGUGGAUGACUUGCUCUUGGCGGCGGAAUCCGCGCCGGCGUGCCUGCAGGCGACUCAAGACCUCCUGGCCGCUCUGGACUCCAUGGGGUAUCGAGUUUCGAUAAAGAAGGCACAGAUCUAUAGUCAGAAGGUGACCUAUUUGGGAUACGAUCUAAGCGGGGGAAAACGGACACUGUCGGCCAGCCGAGUCCGAGCAAUCCAGAAUAUUCCCAUGCCUUCGACCAAACGGCAAGUCAGAGAAUUCUUGGGCAUGGUAGGAUACUGCCAGCUGUGGAUCCCCGGCUUUGCCGAGAUAGCGAAACCCCUCUAUACCAGCACGGGAGGAAAAGGUGACUCCCUUAUGUGGACUGAGAUUGAGCAAUCAGCAUUUCAGGCUCUUAAAAAGGCUAUUACCACGGCCCCUGCUCUAGCCCUACCCGACCUUAAGAAACCCUUCCAACUCUUCGUGGCCGAGGCUCGAGGUAUAGCGAAGGGAGUUUUAACCCAGACUUUGGGGCCAUGGAGACAGCCGGUUGCAUAUUUAUCAAAACGACGAGACCCAGUGGCGGUGGAGUGGCCCACUUGCAUGAGGGCCAUCGCCGCGACAGCGGUCCUGGUGAAAGAGGCUAAGAAACUGACCCUGGGCCAGGACCUCCAAGUCACUGGGGCGCACGCCGUGGAAACCCUCCUCCGCAGCCCUCCAGAUCGGUGGAUCUCCAACGCCCGAGUGACUCAGUACCAGGUACUUUUAUUAGACCCGCGGGUCACCUUUUCCAAAGCAGCGGUCCUUAAUCCAGCGACCCUACUGCCAGACGAUCAACCCGAGAGUCCACACGAUUGUGCUGAAAUCCUCGACUCCCUGACCGGCACCAGACCAGACCUGACGGACGUUCCGCUAGGACAGCCAGCCCUCAAUUUGUUUACAGAUGGGAGCAGUUUCGUCAAAGAUGGGAUUCGGUAUGCGGGAGCAGCGGUAGUCACCAGUUGAGCACAGGCUCUGGGGCAUGGCACAUCAGCACAAAAGGCAGAACUUGUCGCCCUGACACAAGCUCUUCGGUGGGGGAAGGAAAAACCUCUCAACAUUUAUACGGACAGCCGAUACGCUUUCACCACGGCUCAUAUCCAUGGAGCACUAUAUCAGGAGCGAGGGCUGUUAACCUCUGGAGGGAAGGACAUCAAGAAUGCAAAUGAAAUUAUGUCCCUCCUAGAAGCCCUUUGGCUGCCUGAACGAAUAGCUAUAAUUCAUUGCCCUGGGCAUCAACGGGAUGGCUCGGCGGUCUCGCGGGGAAAUAACUUUGCGGAUAGAACCGCAAAGGAGGCUGCCAUGAGACCAGAUAUCGAGCUGGGCAGGAAGUUGCAGUGCUCGGAGACUGAGGCGGGAUGGUUGAAACAUCCCGAUGGAAGGAUCUUCCUUCCCCAAGCAUUGGGGCGGGAUCUUCUUCUCCAGACCCAUCGAGCCACACACUUGGGAAUGGCCUGACUCUGUCAGCUAUUCAGACCCCAUUUCUACCUGCCCGGACUAUCGACUCUGGCCGAUUCCAUAACCUCCGGGUGUGCCUCCUGUGCGAGAGUUAAUGCUGGUCCUAGCCGGCCCUCUAUCACCCCGGGCGUUCGCCAUCGCGGAUCCCAGCCAGGAGAACACUGGGAAAUAGACUUUACUGAGGUAAAACCUACCCAAGGUAGGUAUCGCUAUUUACUGGUCUUCAUCGACACCCAUUCCGGGUGGGUCGAAGCGUUCCCUACAAAGGGAGAGACAGCCUUGACUGUUGCCUGGACUCUCCUGCAUCAAAUUUUACCCAAAUUUGGCGUACCCCUAGCUCUGGGUUCAGAUAAUGGUCCGGCGUUCAUUGCCCAAACUUCCAAAUUGGUAGCUAAAGCUCUAGGAAUUGAUUGGAAGCUGCAUUGUGUGUAUAGACCACAGAGCUCAGGACAGGUAGAGAGGAUGAACAGAACAUUAAAAGAAACCUUAACAAAAUACACUCUUGAAGUUGGCGGCCCCUGGACAGACCUCCUUCCGUUUGCCCUCCUACGCACGCGAUGUUCCCCUUAUAGGAACGGUUUCACACCCUUUGAAAUUAUAUUCGGGCAACUGCCCCCCCUGCUCCCCCGCCUGGCGGAGGAAACGCGCGCCGAGUUGUCUAACCGCAACUUGCUUGAGUCCUUGCAGGCCCUCGAUCGCAUCCGAUACGAUAUCCGCUGCCAGGUUCAGUCCAACAUGGGCGGGACUACCAAGGCUCCGGAGCCCACGGCCGACCCUCCCCCACGCACUGGCCGAAAAACCCCACUGGAUCCACGUGACACAGAAAAAGCCUGCUUCGCCAGUCCUCUCGGAAAAAUGGACGGUGCACCAAACCGGAAACCCUCUGAGGGUCAAGUUGAAAAGGGUCCCUUCUGGGCAGCCUUCCUGAUUCUUCUCGCCCGCCCAAUAGGCUGUCCUCGGCCAAACCCACACCAGCUACUUACCAUGGAAUGGACAUUGCGGACUGAUUGGCAGGUCUCCCCGCCAGUAGCAACCAUCCUGACUCACACCCACGAUGCCUCCCCGGACUUCUGCAUAGAUCUCUGCCAACUCUUUCUGCCCAGGUGGACCAACCCGGGCCUCCUCUCGGUGGACACAAUAGGGGGGGAAUGCCUGUUCUGGGGUCAUGGGUGUAAAACUGAUACCUUAGCAAAGAAACUAUCGCAGGAGCAAUAUUAUGGCUGUCCAUCGGAUGGGAGCCCCGCGUGCGGUGGCGCGCCCAACUUCUACUGA